GUCAACGUCCAACACGGACGCUACAUCUAAAACAGAGAAGAAAAAAAAAGAAGUUAAAAUUUGUUUUGUUUAACGACACCACUAGAGUACAUUGCCCAUUGCUUUAUUAACCAUCAGCUAUUGGAGGUCAAACAUUUGAUUGAUGUUAUCUCGAGGAAAAUGGUCAGAUCGCUAAGUGAUACAUGUCUUAGCUGUAUUGAAAAACAACUGGCUGUAAUAAAAGGGCUGAGGACAAAGCUUCCAACAUAUUACAAAGAAUUGUUGCUGGAAAGACUGUGUCACCACGACUUGUUCAGUGAUGAUUAUCUCCCUUACAUCACCUAUGGUCUGUUUUGUGACAGCCUGCGCCACGUCAGUCUGAGCAGGUGUUCACAGGUUACAGAUAGGUGUCUCCUGCGACUGGCCGAGGCUAGAUGCUUGCUGGAAGUGCUCAAAAUAGACAGAUGUGAGAAAGUCACUGAUGCAGGCAUCUUGGCAGUUACUACAGGGCAGACUGAGUUACGUACUCUGGAGCUGGUGCACUUACCACACUUAACAGCAAAAGGAUUGUUUCAAGUGUCGUCCACCAAGCUGCAGAGGCUGAACCUCAAAGGAUGCUCAUCUAUGACAACUGAAGGUGUUGUGUCAGUGUGCAGAAAGAAUCCCUUGAUAAAGUACUUGAAAUUGGUGGAUUGUCCAAAGAUUGACAGUACAGUGGUUCCUGCUGUUGCUACAAGUCUCGGGGAGUCUCUGGAAGAAAUUCUUGCAGACUUCAAAACGACAACAGAGGAAAGUAUUAGCUACCUGGCCCAACACUGUCCCAAUCUAGCAAAAAUGAAUCUUUGUGGGUGUACAAACAUUGGCAAGGCCGAAUUGAUAAAGUUGGUUCAAGGCUGUACAAAGCUCAAAAGUCUGGAUCUGUCAUACUGUAACCGACUUUGCAAGAUGCCAGAGAGCGAAGCAUUGUGGGUACUACCGCAAUCGCUGAGUGAACUGUCUCUGUGUGGCUUGCUAGUGGAGGAUGAGAAUGUGUUUGUUGAGUGUAUUCAGAGACUGAACACACUGAGGUCACUACGAGUGUGUGGAGUGGCGGCGCUCAAUGAUAAAACACUGCAGCAGAUCCUGCACUAUGUGGGUGAGAACCUCCUGGAUCUUGACAUCAGUGGGGGUGCCUUCGCUAACCUGACAGACGAGGGGCUAAAGGCCAUCGCGCAGUACUGUGUGAACCUACAGAAGCUGUCACUCAGUAUGCUGCGUGAUGUGACCUGUGUGACGCUCACUCCACUACUGGAGGACAGCCGAGCUAGUCAGAUCACAGAACUUCACCUCAGCAACAAAAAUAUUGAUCUCGGUGUGCUGUUUAAGGUGGCCGAAGGCUGUCACAACAUUGAGGUGCUGGACCUGGCCGGACUGGUGAUUGUCACUGACCAGCUGCUUCACACUGUGGCCUGCAACUGUCCACACCUGCACAAACUCUCCAUUAAGGGAUGUAGACAGGUGACCGACACUGGUGUCUGUGAACUAGCCCAGUGCUGCCCUCUACACAGUCUGAAUAUGUCUGGAAUCGGCACGCUCACUGACAAGUGUAUCUUCACACUGGCCAACAGCAAGCCGUAUCUAGAGGAAAUCUAUCUCAAUGGAUGUGCCCACAUCUCUCCAGUGGCCGUCGCAUACCUCACAGACUGCUGUGUGAACAGACUUUACGUUCAACACCGCACACCCAAUGCUGUUCCCAACCAGCUGAUGGCAAAGAAUCUGGACACAGGAGAAUUCUGUCGGGCAGAUUUACUGCCAUCAUCCUGAAUGAACUGAAAAACUGUCUACUGUGAGCUGCUGUGAUAUAUUAUAACACAAGUCUGUGCACCAAUGAAAUUUAUUAAACACGUGAUAGUUAUCAAAAUCUGUUAAUGGAUGUAUUAUCAAGAUGUAGGCAUGUCUAAAAGCAGAGAAAAUUAUUUAUCAGGAAUGUUGACUACACAACCAUUUAGAUAACAUCAUUAUCCUUAGAUUAUAUAAUAAAACCUGCUAGGAAUGAUAUAAAGGACAUUUUGUUAACAGAAUUUGAAGCAUAUAAUCAUAAAGAUGUCUGAAAAUAUUUAUUAGCUAUCAAACAUACUCCCAUACUAUUACAUUCAACUUGUUAGUUUGUAAGGGCUCAUUCACAUUGGGUGAAUGUGAUGUGUGUGUUUUGUAAAAUGCAUGCAGCCAGCUGCAGUAAAAUAACAAACCCCUUGUAUCUGAUGUAUUAAGUCAAUGUUAUUCAACAAAAAUAGUCGAGUUGAAUUAUCAUAUUUCAACUUCAACAUCAACAUAUAAAACAAAAUAAUUUAUUGCAAAGUUGUAAUAAUGCAUUUACUGUAUAACAAAUCAUACCAUCAAUUUAUCAAAAUAACAAUUUACAUGGCAGUGUUCAAGAUUAAUGGUAUCCCGAUAUCCCGGGGAUGCCAGAAUUUAAUUUUGGAUACCAGACUUAAAGAACCCAGUAUCCCACCGGGAUACCAUAUA